CCUAGUUCGGUUUCACUGCAGCAGUGUUACUCGCAUACCUCAGUGGUUGUUCGCCCAACUUCUGAUACGAGAAUAACAAACAUAAAAAAAAUAUAUUUCUUCCCUCGGGUCAGUCGUUUUGCUGUGGAAACUAGCUCAUUUGAUUACAUUUGCAGCGUUGAAUUAACGAGGCAACACCAAGAAAUUGUGCUGUGUUUCGGCGGAUCAGCUAGCUACGUAACGUUAGCUAGCUGACUCGACAUCUGACAUAGCCAGCUAGCGGAUAGCUAGCAACCACUACGGAUACAAUCUAGCUAACGGCUUUCGUUAUCAAAUACUCCCAGCAUGCUGAUGGUGGGAGGCGAUGGAAGGAUGCAGUAAAAUGAGUGUGAUGGAGCUGUGUGAGACGGAUGAUCUGGCCACCAGCUUGGUGCUGGACCCCUUGCUGGGGUUCAGCACCCAUAAAAUGAACGUCAGUCCCCCCCCAGAGGUCCGUCGUUGGGGCUACCUCAAAGAGACUCUGCUACGCUUCCAACGCACACAUGACUUGCAGGCCACCUUUGAGGCCCUCACAGUGGGAGACUGGGCCUGUGACUACUUCACUGGACUGGGAACACACCGUCUGGAACUACUGAAACAGCAUGUUUAUCGCUACCUCUGUGCCUUCCUGUUGGAUAGUGGUGUCCAGAUUGAGUCAUGUGACCGAUACUCUUCAGAAACCAACGGAGCAAAGAUAACCUCUACCAAGCACUGGUUUGUAGGUGAGCGGAUGGAGGUUCUGUUGGGUUGUAUAGCCGAGCUGAGUCCAGCAGACAGUGCUGUUCUGAGAGCAGGGGUGAAUGACUUUAGUGUGAUGUACUCCACUCGUAAGCGCUGUGCACAACUCUGGCUUGGGCCUGCGGCUUUCAUCAACCACGACUGCAGACCAAACUGUAAGUUUGUUCCUGGCGAUAAGAAUGGAGGCUGUGUAAAAGUGGUGAGGCCCAUCGCACCUGGGGAGGAGAUCACCUGUUACUAUGGCGACAGCUUUUUUGGAGAAGACAAUGAAAUGUGUGAAUGCUGCACCUGUGAGAGAAAAGGAGAGGGUCACUUCCGACACAGAGAGAGGCAGCCUGGUUGUGAUGACUUUAAUGACCUGUCUGGCCAGAAGUACCGCCUCAGAGACACAGACCUUCGUCUUAACAGAGGGAAAGCACCCUGUCCUCCUACAUUUCGGCCUACAUUUACAUUUUCAAAUUCAGCUAUCCCUUCAAGGAAUUCAUUUACCCAGCAGAUGAAGAGAAAUGCUCUGAUGAUGAGCAGGAAGACCAAAAGGUUGAAACAGGAGGGGCAAAGGAGGAUAUCGGGAAUGAAGCAGCAACGGCUGAUAAUGCCAUCCCUAUCAGAGGUGGUGUUGAGGGACCUUCGGGUCCGAGUACGGCGCCACACGUUCAACUUCUUGUUGAGCUGCAAGGACCCCACCAGCAAAGAGAGGGCCUUGCUGCACCAGCUUGAACAUGUGGAGACAAAAGACAAGUGGAGGAAGGAACAAGCUGCCCUCUGCUGUACAACCAAAGAGAAUGACAAAAAAGAGAAGAGCAGCAAUACUUGUGAGUUAAACCUGAAGCCUUUCACUCUUCACCCUUCCUUGUCUUCUCAACAGAAUGCUGGACCAGCAGUUUGUGGACAGAUACUGGGUGGAAAGCCCCUUCGAGUGGUGGAAAAAGUAUCUGUCCAGACAAGGAUCUCUUCCAGAACAAGGAGCAUGAUCAGAAACUGUCACACACGCCAGUCUGUUUCCAGAGCCAAGAAGAACAACAAAAUAAUUUGCAAGCGCAUUGAACUCACCAAACCCAUUUGCAGAAAAAGCAACAGCGCAAGUCCUCAGAAACACAUGGAUAGCUGUAGUGGAAAAGAUGCCACGCACAAUGUUAUCAAAGAUAUUCAUGGUACCAAUUGCAUAACCAUCGAAAAUAACACCAGCAGCAACAACAAUGAUGUGGCAUACAUCAGCAACAGAACAUACACUGGUGGAGGCGGGCCCAAAGGCAGCAAGGCUCAGGAUGCAGAUCAGAAACCAGUGGGUCUGAAAGUGGAAAUCAAAACCAUUGGAGAAUCGGGGACUGAUGGGACACUUGUGGCGAGCAAACCCUCUGGUAAAAGAGUUGAAGUUUGCCAAAGUACUUUGGACAAAGCCAAGAAGCCUGGGAAUCACCAGAAACCCAUUAGUACUCCCCUUGUCACUACCACCCCUAGCACCAUUUCCCUCUCUUCCCCCUCACUUGACCAUGUUCCGGUAAUGUCAGGACUGAAGCAAGUCACAGUUAGCUUGAUAAGAGUGUCUGUGCCGGGAAGUGUAGCAGAAGAAAGGGCCUGUCCAGGAUUGGAGGGGAAGGGCAUUGUGAGAAGAGAGAGCAGCGUACCAGUGCAAGCAGAACAGAUGGCUAGAUCAGCUACACAGGGAGGAGAGGCAGACACCAGAGUGUCCAGGUCCCAGCAGAAGUCCAUGGAGGAAGCAGGCAGGGAGUUGUCAGACGCUGAAGGUAAGAAAGGGGUGAGGGAAAUGUAUUUCAAGGCUAAGAUUAACAAAGUUGAUGUAGGAAGGGAACAGACUGCUGUGGUGAAGGUCGAUUUAUUACAUGGUGAGAAAGGGGCAGGUGAAAAGGUAAUUGAAAUAGAAGCUGCUGGUGGGGUGGGGGGGGUUAGUGUGGCUGGGAAGGGGCAUAGGGGGAGUGUAAAAGACAUUGAUAGAGGGGCAAAACUAAAUAGUAAAAGUGUACAAUCUCAAGUUGUUGGCUGUGAUAAGAGGGUGCUUAGAGGGCGAAAUGAUGCAGAAGAACAGCGUAAUGGAAAAGCAGGAGGACAAAAUAGCAAAAGUUGUGACAGCAUUGUCAGAAAGGAUGGAGGUAAGAAUGAGAGGGUGUCUGAAAUGGGGAGUAGUAUAACUAUGGACAAGAAGGGUGUUGUCAUCAAACAGGUGAGGGUUCUGCUUUCUGAUAUUCUAAGAAAAGAGCGGGAUCAGAAGGCUGGGGGCUCAGGAAGUGGGAACACAGGAAAGAAAGAUCUAAUUUCCUCCAGUCACAAACAAAUGGAAGAUGGCAGAGAUGCAAAUAAUGAUGGAGGGAAAGCGGUUAGGGAACAAAUAUCUGAUGCACAGACAAAUAGUUUGCCCCAUGCAACAACACAAAGUGGGAUAACUUCCAAACGGGGGAAAGGAAGGGCUAAUAAGAUGAAACUUGAGGGUCCAGGUCAAGACUUGCAUAUUCACUCGCCACAAAGUAAUGAUGAUUUAAUCCCAGCGAAAGAUAGGCUUUCCAAGUCUCCCCCUCCUUCUUCAGAAUAUCUUCAGACACACACCCAGGCCAACAUUCCUCUGAAGAAACGGAUGUUCCGUAAUUCGGUGGAGACUGACUCUGAGCAGAGCAUCAACUCUCCUGUGUCAGAGCCAUCCUCCAAGGACCUCAAACCCUCCACAGAGCUGAGGCAGAAUCUUAUUCUGUGUUCAGGAAGAGAAACCAAAGCUAUCAAAGUGUUGGAGGACAGCAGUAGAGGUGGGUUGCGGUCUAAUAGUGACCCUAAGUCUACCGUUUCAGAGUUUGGGGUCCAAUCUCGGACACAGACCUUCAAGAGGACAGCAAAACAAAAUGCAACGCCCAGAAUGCUGCGUCCCAGAGUCAAUCAACUGGAACAAGACCGGCCACGGAGGAGUGCAGGAAAGUAUAAAAGAGGGACCCGAGACUCAGAGGUACUGGAGAAUGAAUCUGAUGAGGACAAACACAAAGCAGGACAUGGUGAAAUCUCACUGGAUUCUAAAAAAGAACAUGUAAAUGAAGGAGAGAAGAAGCCAGAAUCACCUACUGAGUUACUGAAUUCACUCACCUCACAAACAUGCAAGGAAGAGAACAGGAAAGGGCAGAGCCUCAACUUCAAAAUUCGUUUUAAGAGAAAGAGGGGCAAAGUGUGGGAGUUGGACAGACCUGCAGGAGGAGAGGAUUUGAUUAUUGAAGCAGAAAAGUCUAUUGAAUCACAACAAUUGGAGCCUUAUAGGGCCAUUUUAGAUUCUGUGUCAAUCUUAAACUUAGAAAUGGAGAAGGGUGCCCAGGCAGAUGGGAAGGAGACUCAUGAUGUACGAUUUUGGAAGAGACGUAAAGUUAGACGAGACAGAUUGGGGAGUUUGAAAGAUAGAGGUCCCAUUUUGAUGAACAGGCAGAGUGAAGUUGUAGCUGUAGACUCGAAAGAGAAAAAAAAAGGACAGGGGGAGCUCAGCGAGGUAGAGAUAAAUGAGGUGCUAGACGAGGUUAUUUAUGGAGUAAAGCAACUGCCAGGAGAAAAGGGCCAUACAAUUUCUAGUGAGGGUAUGUCUGUCGGAGUGGGGGGACUGCAAUGUGACUAUCAAGUCACACCAAGUCCUGUUAGAAUCUGUGAAAAAGAGAAAGAUAUUCCAUCCUUGGCUGAAGACAGAGAACAAGUGAAGGAUACUUGUAUUGGAGUAGAGAGUACUUUGGUUGACAGUGGGGCACUGCAUGAACACAAAGUAAAGGAUGAAGACCAACCCUUACCACGGAUCAAACUGCGGAGAAAAAUACAGGGUGUAUGGGAGGUGGACAGCCAGGUGUUGGAGCAGAUUGAAGCAGAGUCUGUAAAAGAGAAGAAGGAAAUGACAUGCGUUAAGCCAAAAGAAGAGUGCCCUUCUCAACCUCCCACCUGCCAGAAACUCAACAGUGCAAUCAAGUGCAACACUUUAAAAGAUUCCUCUGCUGUUCUUCUGAAAAAAGAACCUCCCCCCCUCACUUUAUCUCUCUCACCCUUGACCCUUAACUCACCCCAACCUGUGGGUUCUGAUGUGAUGGCUUAUGCUCCUGAAACAAUGAAUGAUAGGGCCAUGCCAAAAAUCACUAAUAGGGGAGGAAGGGGAAGGGGAAGGGGACGGAAAGAAAGGCAGAAAACAGAGACUGCUCGUAAGGUUGCAACUGGAGAGAUGGGAACUUCUUGUCUUAGUCAUAACCUGCUACAGAUAGACAACAGUCUUUCUAAACUCUCAGAAGGGUUAUGUCAGUCACAAUCCUUAGAAAAAAACAUACCUUCUGAUUACACUGCUUCCACCUCAAAGAUUCCAUCCCAGUCUCAGUCUCCACCGUUCAGUUUUCCAGAAAGGAUGCUUUCCACAGAAUCCAGCUUUGCUAAUUGCUGUGAAGAUCUCCUCGACUUCCAAUGUCUCAAUCUUGAAGGGUUCUAUCAUCCACAGAACAUCCUCCAAACCUCUCCAAUAGACCUCUGUCCAAUGGAUCCACCCAGCGGGCCCUUUAGUAGUCCCCUCUCUCAUAGCCCCUCGGAUGCUUGGAACCCAGAAACCCCAUACCUUGGUCCUCCAAGCCCAGGAAGUAUCUUCAAUGCAGAGGAUCAGCAAUUUCUUAAUGGUCUUGUGUGCUCCAAAAAUGAGUCUCUCCCUUUGGAUUGUGGAGUUAAGGAUACUUCCAAAGACCGAGGACAGCUCAAUGCAAAUUUUUGUUUUACACCCCUGAGCAGCGCUGAGGGGACUUUCAUGGAUCGUUUUUUGAUGAAAAAUCCUGGGAUGAAAUUGUCGAAAGAAGAUUCUAAGACACAGACCUUAUCUUCAGCAGCCAAAACCCACUACUCUCAGAAAGAAUCAUUCAUGUUUAAUACAAAUACUCCAUCCAUCGGUUCCCAUUCCCACAAUACCCCAGUCAAUGUUCACCAUCAGAGCACCAAUGGUACUAAGGCUAGUUCUGCUCAUUCCAACUUUUCUAAGGUCCAGCCUCAAGUCAAAACUCCGGGUCCCUUCCACCUGAUGAGCUCUUCCAACAAAUCUCAAUCAUUUUCCACCUCUCAGCCAGUGCCAAGUUCCUUCAAAACUGGGCCCCAGAAUUACUCAGUCAAGUCUGUCCAUUCACCUCAAGUGGUUUCUAACAAGUUUAGCUCACAAUUAAAUCCUAAUGUAGGAGAUGCUUUUCGCAACACGUAUGACAAAAGCUCCAGUGUGAUCCAGAGUGUGCUUAAGUUUCAAGGAGGGAAACCAAGUCAGAAUUUGAAUAGUGCCCCUUCUAAAGUUAAUAUUGUCGCUGGCAACCCUAAAAUUGCGGCCAAACCUCAUAUUGCCAAAUCUAGGUACAGUGACACUGACAAGGUCCACCAGAGUAACAAAUGUUCAGGUUUUAGCACUGGCGGCCAUAAAGGUAGCAUGCCCAGUUAUAGCAUAAUUUCAGGAAAAGAUCCAGUUCGUCUCAAUGCAUCAAACUACCCCAUCAAGUCAAAUCUUCCCAAUGACAAAGUCCAUCCAGAUUAUUUCCAGACAUCCAGUAAAAGUACGACAGCUUUGGAGAAGCUGCCCUCUGACAAACCUCAAUACACUGAAACCAGCUUUGGCAGCAAAAACUUCUCCACUCUCCCAAGGCCUUUCUUUUUCCCCAGCCAAGCACCUCAGAGUUAUGGGUCUCCUCAUGGCAAACGUUUGAAUCAGGACAAGCCCUGUGGUGCUGUGCACUCCCAGAACCCUCACUCUUCCUAUGCCACAUCGGCGUCACCUGACAAACUGUGUUACGAUUCCUCAGACUUGACCUUUUCCACCUCGCUCUCUCCCUCUAUGUCUCAGCACAAUAGCCCCCAAGUAGCACACAGCUCUCCCUCUGGAUCACAGACACCAGCAAACAAACAGCAGCCCCCCUCCUCCUCCUUCUCCUACUCUUAUGGUCACCAAGGUCCACCUUAUGUGGUCAACUUUACUGGUGACCACUCAGUCACCAUGGGCCUGGGAGAUUACCCAGGGUCACCGCCCACCAACUAUACGUACCGCUGCCUCAUGGAGCCUUCGGGCACCCAGGGGAGGCUGGUUCUGGAGCCAUGUGGACCCCAACUCUCACACUCACCAUCUUUCUCUGUGGGGGGCUUUUCAGGGCUUAAAGGCCAGGAUGACCACUGCAAGAGGGACACACAACCGCAGUGCCAGCCCAUAGACCACCCACCAACAUCCCACCAUGCUCCCACAUCCUCCCACUCCUUGAGUACCCCGGUCUCAGACCGUAAGCCCAAAAGACUGAGGCUAGUGGUUACUGAUGGGCUAGUGGAUCUGGACCUCCAGUAUACAGACUGAUUUAUACCUGUUCUUCUCAUCUGACUUUGAUGCAGCUUGUAAUAUAUCAACAUUAUUGUACAGAAUUGUUCAUGAGGAGCAUAUCUCUGCCCUGAUGUUUUUUUUAAACAGCAAUUUACACAGUCUACCUAUCAUUAUGUUUGUUUAAUGGUUACUGGUGUUUGUUCUAAUCCCUCUCUUGGAUACUGUUAUGAUAUGAAUGUCUCAGAGGAGGUUUUAUUGACAUCUGUGUGGAUCGAGUAAUGCUUAUGCUUAACAGUUUUACUUCUAUUUAUUUUGUGAAUACAACCAUCUUAUGUGUCUGUUCAGUGAUUUGCAAGAGGAAAAUAUGUAGUGAAUAGAUCUCCAUAAUGCUUUUCUGGCAUGACGUCCUUUCAUAGUCUGUCAUAGCAGAGGUUAGCCUCAAGGUGGGCACAUUGAACCCUCUAGUUAGUAGUAUGUGGAGGCCUUCUUAUUGUACUGUAACAUAGUUGAAUGGGUUGUUCUCUGAAGUUGACAUGUCAGGAAGAUAGGCCUACACAAACCGUUUGCACAUUCUACAACAUGAUUACUUUGACAUAAAAAUGUGUUUUUAAGUUUUAAAACAAGUGUGUCUCUAUCAUGUUUCUGUGAUUUUGGGCAGUAGGGCUUUGAUUCCAGUCGGUUUAAGUACUGUCUACGAGCUCUAAAAUGUACAGUUUUAUUGGAUCUGCUCUCUGUUUCUCUAAGUACAUAGACUUGCAAGUGUGUGUGGGAGUGUGGAGGAAUUUUAGGUACCAUGCUUUUCUGUACAUGGUAUAUUUGUGCACUGCCUUGCCAAUUUGAGUGAAGAUUAGCAGUCAAUGGUGCAUUAAGAAAUGCACAGUGCAUCAACAGUGUGUGUACUGUAGAAUGACUUCCAGGCCUGUAAAUUCCAGGACAACUCCACUGAGGGGUGGCGUGCAUGACAUGAACUGCAGCUCUGCAGCCGCUGUCCAGAGCACCCACAGUAUACGAGGGAGGGAGACCGGGUGGGUGGGAGACUGACUGCAAUGUUUUCUGCAGAAUGAGGUUUUAUCUUUGGUCUGGUGUAGGUCAAGGGGUAGAUGAUACUGUAUUAGUGUGGCAACUUGGACUAAGUGGUUACAUUUUGUGUUCCCUCCCUUCUUUCCCCUCUGUAUCCACACUGAGAAUACUUGGUGCUUAUGACAUUAUUAUGAAGCAACUUCAAAGCAAUCUGUUGUGAGUUAGAACAAGGACAGUGACUUGUUACUUGAUAAUCUUGCUUUUAGUCUUGUCUCGCUCAUUACUUAAUUGGAUCACACUGGUUAGGCUAGUUGUGUAGAUGGUGAUCACAAUGAAAUGUUAUCUGAGAAAUGUGUAGUCAGCCACGUGGUUGCAUGUAUUAUUUUUACAUCCAUGAAUGAGAUUCACAUUUUUGAAAUGGACGUUGCUCUUACACAUUUGUAAUGUCAUUUGAGCAUUCCACUUUCGUCAUCUAGACAUCGUUCCAGUAGCAAUCCAACAGAGGUACUACAUCAUCUUAUGUAAAACCAUGAAGCAGUCAUGUCUGUCUGUAUUAUUAUUAUUAUUAUUAUUAUUAUUAUUAUUAUUAUUGAAAAUGGUGCUUUAUUGUAAUUUAAUAUUUUACAUAUAAUAUUGAUUGUUCCAGAUAAGAAAGGUUUGUUUAUAUUACAUGAUAGAACAUAUUGUUUAUUUUACUUUUUAAAAAUCUAACAUUUCAUUUAUGGUUCCCCAACGUUUCCCCUGGACCAAGAUUUAGAGUUGAUUCAGGUGGUGAUAUAUAAUCAGCCUUCUGAAGAGGUAAACAUUCUAAUGGUCUGCUGUAGAAUUGUAAAAUGUAAAUCAUUAAAGAAAAAUGCAUUCUUUUUUUGAAUUAAUCUUUGGAUGUGUCUUCACAAUUUAUUCGUGGUAUGACAUGUAUUUAUUGGUUCAACAAACCCCCUUGUGUCGUGUGGCAUGAAACUGUAUUAUGAACCAUGAUUCAUUUAUAGAUUUGUGGAUCGUCUGAAGCAUGCUAUGUUGAACUUGUAAUGUUAGCUUACAGUGCCUAGCUAGUUAAUCAUUUUGCUUAAUUAAAUACAGUAAUUAUAUUAUUUGACUGAA